AGUACAAUCCCGCGACAUGGAUGCUAGAAGUGAGCUCCAUUGCUGCUGAAGUAAGGCUAGGAAUGGACUUCGCAGAGUAUUAUAAGUCAUCAUCGCUUUACCAAAGAAACAAGGCUCUCGUAAAGGAACUAAGCGUACCACCACCAGGAGCAAAGGACUUGUACUUCCCGACUCAAUAUGCACAAUCGACAUGGGGUCAAUUCAAGUCGUGUCUUUGGAAACAAUGGAUGACUUAUUGGAGAAGUCCGAGUUACAAUCUUGUCCGAUACUUCUUCACUUUGUCCGCUGCUCUAAUCGUUGGAGCUAUCUUUUGGAAAGUCGGAACUAACUUGGAUAAUGCGAAUAGUCUAAACAUAGUUAUCGGAGCCAUGUAUGCUGCUGUACUCUUUGUCGGAAUCUGCAACUGUGGAACAGUUCAGCCAGUCGUUGCUGUCGAAAGAACCGUGUUUUACAGAGAACGAGCUGCAGGAAUGUAUUCUGCGUUGCCAUAUGCUAUCUCACAGGUGGUUGUUGAAGUUCCUUACAUAUUCAUUCAAGCAGCAUAUUAUUCAAUCAUAGUUUAUGCUAUGAUGAGUUUCCAAUGGACUGCUGGAAAAUUCUUUUGGUUCUUCUUCAUAACAUUAUUCUCCUUCCUAUACUUUACAUACUACGGAAUGAUGACGGUCUCGAUCACACCGAAUCACCAAGUUGCUUCCGUCUUUGCGGCUGCUUUCUACGCUCUCUUCAACCUCUUUUCGGGUUUUUUCAUUCCUAGACCGUGUGUUACUAAGUAUAAGUAUCGGUUUGAUUGGUUACGAUUUUUCAGAGGAUACCGAAAUGGUGGGUAUGGUACUACUGGAUCUGCCCUGUAG